AUGAAUGCAAAUAAUUUCACGAAUAAAGACUUCAACAACUUGAGAGGUCGAGAAAUGGGGUUCGAAUGCGACGAAGUGGGUCACAAAAUCCAUCGAAAUGGAAUCCCAUAUUUUGCUAGGAAUGGCCAGCGGCUGGAGGAGUCCUCGGGGGCUUUAUUAAAGGGUUUGAUGGUCCGACACACAGCACACUUGGCCACAAAGGCACGCACUAAUUGUCAAAGCUUAGGCCAGUAG